CCUGUUGAUCUAUAUUACAGAGGACAACUCGAGGUGCUCAGUGGUUCCCGACCAUGUCACGAUCGCCUUCUCCUAGGUCUCCAUCCCCCGCUCCAGCAGCGCGGCGUCGUUCACCUUUGGAGGAUCUAGAAGAUGCACCUGCGUCUAAAAGAAAACGGUAAGUCAAGUCAAUUGCUUCCUGACAAGUCCACCAUUCUGAGCCGCUUGUGUCCAGAGCCGCAUCGCCAGAUGAUCGUCCUGCGUCUCCACCUCUUCGUCGACGUUCAUCCGAAUCACUUCCUCCUGCGCUCCCGCCAUCAAGAGGGGACCGCAAUGGAGAUCGAAAUGGAGACAACGAAGGUGCUGCACCCCAAGUGGUGGAUGUCGAUCCUUAUCGUCGUCGAGCGCGUGAAGCUGCCCUUCUGGAAGCUCAGAUCAACGCGGAGAGUGGAAAAGCUCAAAUGGGAAACGCCAAUGGCGAUUCAGGAGCUCUAGUGAAGAACAAUGGGGACGCAGGGGCUAAAGCGGAAUUUGCAAAGCUCCUGGGAUCAAGAUCUGGAGGAGCCUACAUCCCUCCAGCGAGACUUCGAGCCAUGCAAGCUGAAGCUGCAAAGGACAAGACGAGUGCAGAAUACCAGAGACUCAGCUGGGAUGCCUUGAGAAAGAGUAUAAACGGUAUGAUCAACAAGGUCAACGUAUCGAACAUCAAGAAUGUCGUUCCUGAAUUGUUUGGUGAAAACCUCAUUCGUGGAAAAGGUCUCUUCGCUCGAUCCAUGAUGAGGGCACAAGCUUCAUCUCUCCCCUUUACGCCCAUUUUCGCCGCAUUGGUCGCCAUCAUCAACACUAAACUACCUCAAGUCGGUGAAUUGGUCUUGGUCAGACUCAUCAGUCAAUUUCGAAGAGCAUACAAGCGGAACGACAAGACCAUCUGCCACGCUACAUCCACUUUCAUCGCUCACCUUGUCAACCAAUACGUCGCUCAUGAGAUUGUCGCCCUUCAAAUCCUUCUUCUCUGCCUCGACCGACCUACAGACGAUUCUAUCGAAGUAGCCGUCGGGUUCAUGCGAGAAGUCGGCUUGUUCCUUUCUGAGAACUCGCCAAAAGCCAAUAAUGCAGUAUACGAAAGAUUCCGGGCUGUUCUGCAUGAAGGCGCUAUCAGCAAACGAUGCCAGUACAUGAUCGAAGUCUUGUUCCAGGUCAGAAAAGACAGGUACAAGGACAAUCCUGCGAUUCCCGAGGGCUUGGAUCUUGUUGAGGAGGAAGAGCAGAUCACGCAUCGGAUCACCCUAGAUGAUGAGCUGCAAGUGCAGGAGAGUCUGAAUCUGUUCAAGGUCGAUCCCAAAUUCCUCGACAAUGAAGCGCGAUACGAGGAGAUCAAAAAAGAGAUUUUGGGCGAUUCGGACGACGAAUCCGGCAGCGAUGCCAGUGGAUCGGACUAUGAUUCGGAGGAAGAAGAGGUCGCUCCGGAAAAGGCUGGAAUCGCCGACAUGACGGAGACGAAUCUCAUCAAUCUGAGGCGAACAAUCUAUUUGACGAUCAUGAACUCGCUCAACUUUGAGGAAGCUGUGCACAAACUCAUGAAGAUUAAUAUUCCCGAGGGACGAGAGAUCGAAAUGUGCAAGAUGAUUGUCGAGUGUUGUUCCCAGGAACGAUCCUAUAACAAUUUUUACGGUCUGAUUGGUGAACGUUUUUGCAAGCUGAAUCGCGUUUGGACCGAUUCUUUCCAAGAGGCCUUUGCGACUUACUACGACACCAUUCACCGAUACGAGACGAAUAAACUUCGAAACAUUGGUCGAUUCUUUGGCCACCUGCUCGCUUCUGACGGAAUAUCCUGGGCUGUUCUCACCGUGGUUCACAUGAACGAAGAUGAGACCACCUCGUCUUCGCGUAUCUUUGUCAAAAUCAUGAUGCAAGAGAUGAUUGAGGAUAUGGGAAUCGAUAAAAUGGCCGAAAGAUUUCAGAUAGCCGAUUUGAAACCCGCCUUUGCAGGCAUGUUCCCCAUGGAUAACCCGAAGAACACUCGAUUCGCAAUCAACUACUUUACCUCGAUAGGUAUGGGAAAAAUCACGGAAGAAAUGAGGACGUAUCUUCAGAACGCGCCGAAAAUGCUCGCUGCUCAACACGCUGCGCUUCAAGCUGCUGGAGGUGACGAUAGUUCCGAUUCGGAUUCAAGUUCAGAGUUGUCGAGUUCAGAUGACGAUUCCAGCGAUUUAUCGGAUUCAGAGGACGAUGAUGAUAGUGACGAUUCGAGAUAUCGAUCGCGUCGAAGGAGAUAUAGUCCACCGCCACGGACGAGUACCAGGAGGAGGAGGUACAGCAGUGAUGAGGAUGAUGAUGUUUCUCCUCCACCGCCUCGAAGGAGAGGUCCGAACUCACCUUCGGAUGAUAGGUCACCUCCGCCGAGGAGGAGGAGGUAUUCUGAUGACUCGCCACCUCGUCCACGGAGAGGUGAUUCUCUUCCACCGCGAGAACGGGACAUCUCAUCUCCUCCUCGCAGGCGGGAUGACCCGCCUCCGCCUCGACGACGGGACGAUUCACCUCCUCGACGCAGCCCACCUCGUCGAGCAGCAAGGGAUGACUCGCCCCCGCCCCCUCGACGAGCUCGACGAUACAGUGAUGACGAUUCUCGAUCACCUCCACCUCCCCGUAGACGAGACAGUCGUGAUGAGUCGCCUCCUCGACGCCGAUAUCGGGACGAUGAUAGUCCACCAAGACGUUCGAGGCGGGACGACGAUACGCCACCUGCGAGGCGAUAAGGGUGAGCGGGGCGGCCGCGGUGCAGUCGAGGCAGGGACAGAGAGGCACGGCCGGAACAGUGGAGAAAGGGCGCAGUUCAGUGCGAGCAGAAAAGAUGCUCAGCGCCUGUGUGUCGAGGGAAGGAUGUACAAGACGCCAUGCAAUGAUGAUGAUGUCGAGAA